CUUCAGAUCGUCACUUGAGAUCAUCUUCAGAUCAUCACUUCACGUCAUCUUCAGAACAUCACUUCGGAACAUCACUUCAGAUCAUCAUCCAAAACAUCAUUCCGAAAUAUCAUCUUCAGCUCUUCAAACGUUCCCAAGAUGUUGCCGAAGCAGUUGUUCUUCGCCGCUAUGGCUUUCACUUCUCUGGUCCCCGAAGUCGUGGCCUAUGAAUAUGAAGGUGGUGAUCUGUGGUGCUAUUCUACCCCGCCCAAGAACAAGCGGGGUAUCUACGGCAGUAAAGUAGUGCCAUGUGCACCUUUGAACGCACAGGACCCAGACGAUGACCGAUCAUUCUGCUCACGCCAGUGUGCCAUACUGUGCCCAAAAUGCCCAGCCUCAAGUGCAGGUCCGCUGUUUGUUGGUUGUUUGGUCUCUACGGUCCCAGGCAAUUCACACCUCACCAGGUGUUUCUGCGGAGGCCCCGUCGGCAAGAAGAACCCUCCCGGAUGUCAAUAGAGGCUUCCUCAGGGCCGACGAUACUGGGUCACCCUCCGCUCCCUCGAUGUGGUCUAU